AUGGCCAUUAUCACCACUCUCGAAGAAAGUGGAUCAGCUGAGAACACAGCGAGCAAUACGAUAAUCGACACGGACGACAAUUGUCAGAGCCAGGUUCCACCGGUAGCUAUCGUCGGUCUGGGUAUGAGAUUGCCAGGAGCUAUUCACACUGCCGAACAAUUAUGGAAGACUAUAGUUCAGAAACGCUCAACACGAUGCGAAAUUCCAGCUUCAAGGUUCUCGGUAGACGGAUUUCAUAGUCCAUCAGCCAAACCAGGUUCAGUAGCUAUGCGACAUGGACACUUCUUAGAUGAGUUUGACGAUCUUCAUCGCCUUGAUACAUCACUCUUUUCUAUGGGAAUUACCGAAGUGAACGAUAUUGAUCCGCAACAGCGAAUGUUGCUCGAAGUCGUCUACGAGUGUAUGGAAUCAUCGGGUCAGGUCAACUGGCAGGGUAGUAAUAUUGGAUGUUACGUUGGCGUUUGGGGAGAAGACUGGCUCGACCUUCACGCUAAAGAUUUGUUUGACUCGGGCACAUAUCGGGUAUCAGGUAGUCACGACUUUGCGAUUUCCAAUCGCAUUAGUUAUGAAUACAAUCUCAAAGGCCCAUCGUACACUAUCAAAGCCGGCUGCUCAUCAUCAUUGAUUGCGCUUCACGAAGCUGUGCGAGCCAUCCGGGCUGGAGACUGUGAUGGAGCCAUCGUCGCUGGCACGAAUCUUAUCUUCUCGCCGACUAUGUCAAUGGCCAUGACAGAGCAAGGUGUGCUAUCUCCAGAUGCCUCUUGUAAAAGUUUCGAUGCCAAUGCAAAUGGAUAUGCUAGGGGUGAGGCUAUCAAUGCUAUUUUCCUAAAAGGCCUGAGUAGCGCACUUAGGGAUGGAGAUCCCAUUCGUGCUGUUGUCCGAGCAACAUCUUCGAACUCAGAUGGCAAGACCCCGGGAAUGUCUAUGCCUAGUUCAGAAAGCCACAUGACUCUAAUACAGCACGCAUAUCAUGAAGCGGGCUUGAACCCUAAGGAUACGGUUUUUGUUGAAGCUCACGGAACGGGAACUCCAGUAGGCGAUCCGCUGGAAGCGAUCGCCAUCUCACGUGUAUUCGGAGGGAGGAAAGAACGACCAUUCUAUUUGGGAAGCGUCAAGCCAAACCUAGGCCAUAGUGAGGGAGCCUCGGGUAUAUCCUCUGUUCUCAAAGUGGUACUGGCCCUGGAGAAUCGGAAAAUUCCUCCCAACAUCAAUUUUUCGAUACCGAAUCCCAAGAUCCCGUUUAAUGAAGCCAACAUGGUAGUUCCCUGCGAGGUUCUUCCUUGGCCAGAAAACCAACCUCUUCGUGCCAGUGUUAACUCUUUCGGCAUUGGAGGUGCAAAUGCACACUGCAUUAUAGAGAGUAUCGACCAGUUCUUCAGCGAUAAUGCCGUUCAAAAACGCAUGAGCAAUCCAUAUUUGGGCAUAACGAAAACUAAGAGGUUCGAUAAUAGAAAACUCAACAACGUCUCGGACGGGACUAGAUUCACAAACGGGGUUCAUGGAGCCAAAGCGUUAGACGUCAAGGAAGGUCACAUCGACUUACCGUACAAGUUGGCAAGCAAAUUCUUUAUCGACGACUCUAACGGCCUUAAAUCAAUCAAGGAAUCUGAAUUAUCUGAUGCCACUGGUCAUGGAUUGCACACGCCAAGAAAAGUACUUUAUACGAUAUCUGCGGCUAGUCCUGCUUCUCUAAAGGCAAUGGUACUUGAACACCAGAAAUACCAGCAACAGAACAAAAAGAACCAACUAGACGUUUCGUACACGCUUUGCAACCGGAGGGAGCACUUGUCUCAUCGUGCGUAUAGUGUUCUUUCUACCAUCUCGCUGGAAGGCGAGAGCCAACCAGCGCUCGAGUUUUCUUCUCCAGCCAAGGUAGCAAACGCUAAAGCGGAUGUGAACAUGGUUUUCACUGGCCAGGGAGCCCAGUGGGCUGGGAUGGCAAGUGAGCUUCUACAAGACUACUCCAUCUUUCGCGACACCAUUAGUAAUUUAGGUCGUGUUUUGUCACAGCUUGAGCAUAGUCCAACUUGGGAUCUUGCAGAGGAGCUGAGAAAGCCAGAGGCUACCAGCAGAAUAGGUGAAGCUGAAUUCUCACAGCCACUUGUUUGUGCUGUUCAGUUAGCUUUAGUUGACCUGUUGCGAGACUGGGGCCUCCUGCCGACCGCUGUUGUCGGCCAUUCUAGCGGUGAGAUAGCGGCUGCAUAUGCUGCAGGUGCCAUUACUUCCGCCGAGGCUAUCACCAUUGCAUAUUACCGCGGAUAUGUGAACAAAUACAAUAAAAGAUCCGGAGGUAUGGCCGCAGUUGGUUUGGGAGCGCAGCACGUCAUUCCAUAUCUAGCUGACGGGGUGGUUGUCGCAUGCGACAACAGCCCACAGAGCAUCACGAUCUCUGGAGACAAGGAUGUUCUCCAAGACGUAUGCAAAGAGAUACAAGAGAAGGAGCCAGAUGCUUUGGUGCGCCUGCUGAAGGUUCCAGUAGCAUAUCAUUCCCAUCACAUGCGCGAUCUGGGAGAUAGCUUUGAAAGUCUAUUAAACGGCAAGCUACACAGCAAGGUUCCUGUGAUCCCAUUCUUUUCCAGUGUGAAGAGUAAACAGCUUCAAGAACCUGGAUCUCUCAAUGCUGCAUACUGGCGCGAGAAUCUCGAAAGCCCAGUGCUUUUUACCGACGCGGUGAGGCUACUUCUCGAAACCCAGUCGUCUUCCAGGGGCGUUUUCAUUGAAAUUGGCCCACACAGCGCUCUAGCGGGGCCUCUUCGUCAGAUAUUCAAGGCUCACGGCACUGGCCAGCAAGCAUACGCAACGGCAUUGACUCGUGGAAAAGACUCCGUAGAGUCAGUACUCAAACUUGCUGGAGAAUUGUUCAUCCAGGGUGUACCUAUAAACUUGUCCCGUAUCUCGCCUGUGGGGAAUGUGGUGACGGACCUGCCACUGUAUCCAUGGAACCACGAGAAAGAAUUUUGGGCCGAGAGCCGCAUAAGUAAAGAGUGGAGGUUCCGCAAGUACCCUCAGCAUGAACUUCUAGGCUCCAAGACUCUUGAGAGUAGCAAGCUUCAGCCUGAAUGGCGAAAUGUCCUAAAACUUGAAGCGGUACCCUGGCUACGCGAUCACCAGGUCCUCAACGACGUGAUUUUCCCCUGUGCAGGUUACCUUUCCAUGGCUGUUGAGGCUGUUCGCCAAGCGACUGAGAGUACUGAAGUCGACGGAUUUACCCUAAGGAAUGUCAUCGUACGGUCUGCAUUGGUGAUGACCGAUUCCAAGCCAAUCGAAUUGAUAACAACCCUGCGACCUGUACGACUUACCAACACGCUUGACUCAAAUUGGUGGGAGUUUAGCAUCAUGUCACACAAUGGCUCAAACUGGAUGAAGCAUUGUGAUGGCCAGGUCAGGACGAAUCGCGACGCGGAUAAGUUUAAGGAAGCAACAUCCCAGCACUUGUCAACGACUAAUAAUGAAGCCUAUCCACGCGCUGUAAACGACUUGUAUCCCCAGCUUCAUAGGCUUGGCCUAAGAUAUGGACCCUACUUCCGUGGACUCGAAGAUGUUAAAUGUCAGCCAAAUGGCAAGAGAGCCAUGGCUACAUUGAGCAAGAUGGCCACCUCAGAAUCGUCGUAUGCGAUCCAUCCCGCUACGAUUGAUCAUUGCCUCCAAUUGUUCUUUCCCGCUAGUUGCGAUGGUGUCUUUUAUCGUGCUGAAAAACUAUGUGUACCAACAGUCAUUGGUAAUCUAUACUUAGCAAAUGGCAAGGCAACGGAGGUUGAGGGAUCCCAGAUCGAAGCAUCAUCCUCAUCAACCUCGGGGGGAACAAUCUCCGGAAACGCAAAGGUAUUUUCCAAGAAAAAUGGAGCUGUCUUGCUGCAGUUAGAGGGUGGAAAGUUCUCUCCUAUUGAAUCUACUGAGCAGAAUGACAGCAAUUCUGAAUCCAUCGCGGCGGCCCAACUCACUUGGAAGUCACAUCUUGAUCUUGCCGAUAUGGAGAGUCUGAUUCGACCAAACCAAGCGUUGGUAAACGACAAUCACGACCUCGAUCUUGUGGAAAAGUUAACUCUUCUCUCCAUCUUUGUUGUCAAAGAGCGCAUGGAAAGCAUUCCUUCACCCCCACAUCUUGAACACAUAAGCAUGUUCCGCAACUGGAUCCAUAACCAGGCAGCCCGGCUGAUUGAAGACCACUCUAAACUUCAACCUGAAGCCCAGAAGAUCAUAUCUUUGGAGCCUAGUGCUCGGCUCUCACUUCUAGUAGAAUUGCGACAGGAGAUCAUGAAAUCAGGGGCCGCUAGUGCGGCAGUUCUGAUUGGCCGUAUCAUUGACCGUUGUGAAGAUCUCUUGCGAGGCUCUAUUGACGGCAUUGAAGUGCUACAAGCAGACAAUGGUCUAACGGAUUAUUACAACUACGUAGAGUCACGCACUGAUUCCGUGGAUUUCUUCGUCGCUGCUGGCCAUACACGACCGACGCUUCGUGUCCUUGAAAUUGGCGCUGGUACAGGGGGUAGCACUCAUGUUAUCCUUGAGGGUUUAAUGAGUAAAAACGGAGUCGAUCGACUCUACUCUACCUAUGCUUAUACCGAUAUUUCUGCUGGAUUUUUCGUCAAUGCCCGUGAACGGUUCAAGGCGUAUCCCGCUCUGGAUUUUCGGGUUCUCGAUAUCACCAAGGACCCCAUCGAGCAAGGAUUCGAGGCGGCAUCGUUCGAUUUGAUCAUCGCCGGCAAUGUUCUUCACGCCACUCCAUCGCUGGGUGAGACACUAGCAAAUGUGCGCAAGCUGCUCGCUCCUGAGGGCUACCUCUUCCUUCAGGAACUAUCCCCAAAGAUGCAAAUGGUUAAUUUCAUCAUGGGCAUCUUGCCAGGAUGGUGGCUUGGAGCCGGAGAAGGCAGAUCCAUAGAGCCUUAUCUGACGCCAGAAAAAUGGGACGCAGUCCUGAAGCAACCUGGCUUUUCAGGCACCGAUGCUGCCAUAUACGAUGCGCCGAGUCCUUACCACAUCAACGCCAAUAUCAUUUCCCGACCUGCGAGAAGCUCGCAAGUUCAUAAUAUCAUUGAUGAUUCGGACAUAAACGAGGUAGGUCGAGACAAUAAUCGUCCACGGGUGACCUUAUUGUAUCGUCCAUGCGAUGAGGAUUGUGAGCGCGUCGUACGGCUGCGUUCUUCGAUUGAAGAGAAGGGCUUCCGAACAAUCCUGAGGAGCAUAGAGCGAAAUCAGGAGAUUAAAUCAGAUGACCAAGAACUGUUGGUCUCAUUGCUCGAUAUCAGGAAGCCGUUCCUCGAGUCCAUAUCGGAAGCCAAUCUAACAGCUUUGCAAGCAAUUGUCUCAAGUCUAGGCAGUACGCCAAUGCUCUGGAUCAUGCCACCAGCACAAAGGAACGUCGAUCGCGACGGAAACCCUAGUUUUGGGCUAUCCUUGGGGCUCCUACGUACACUGCGCAAUGAGCGUUCCGUAGCCAUUACCACGCUGGAAAUGGACCAUAUGGACGAUGCAGGCUUUGCUGCUGCUACUAAGCUUAUAGGAAAACUUGCACACAAAAGGGGGCAAAGCUGUAGUGGUUUGAAGGGAACUUCAGGCAUAGACCCAGACCGGGAGUUUUUCUUCACCAAAGGAGCUCUCGAAGUGGGCAGGUACCAUCCCGUCACUCUAUCUCAAGAGUUGGCACUCAAAUCACAGAAGUCUGGAGCCGUGACACUUCAAAUAGGACGCCCAGGACUACUGCAGUCACUCAAGUGGGUCGACCUUACAGCACAGAAACCGGCACACAAUGAGAUCGUCGUCGAGCCUCGGUGUGUGGGCUUGAAUUUCAGGGAUGUACUCCUCUGCAUGGGUAUUGUAGAGGCAAACAAUGUCAACAUCGGCCUGGAAGGAUCUGGCAUAGUCACGAAGGUCGGAAGCGGUGUCACUGGGCUUCAGCCAGGAGACCGUGUUUUCUAUCUUGCAGACAAAUGCUUCUCAACUGAACUAACUGUAUUGGCCGAGCGAUGUGCCAAGAUCCCUUCUUCGCUACCAUUCGAGCAGGCUGCGACGAUGCCGUGUGUUUACGCUACUGUGAUCCACUCUUUGCUUGAUAUGGGUGGAUUAAAGUCCGGCAUGUCGAUUUUGAUUCAUUCGGCAUGUGGUGGCAUCGGCAUUGCUGCUCUUAACAUAUGUCAGAAUAUCCCAGAUCUAGAGGUAUACGUCACGGUCGGAAGCGAAGUCAAAAUUGAGUACUUGAUGCAAAAUUUUGGCCUUAAACGGGAACAAAUUUUCAAUUCCCGAGACACAACGUUUCUGCAUGAUGUGCAAGUUGCUACAAAGGGUCGGGGAGUUGACCUUGUGCUUAACAGUCUCUCUGGUGAGCUACUCCAUGCUUCAUGGCAAUGCGUUGCCCCCUAUGGAAAGAUGCUUGAGAUUGGCAAAAGAGACUUCAUUGGGAAGGCCCGCCUAGAAAUGGAUCUCUUUGAAGCAAAUAGGAGUUUUAUCGGCAUUGAUCUAGCUCGAUUUGAUGCGACGAGAUGCCAAGGGUUGUUACAGCGAACGGUAAAAAUGCUCACAACAGGGUCAAUCAGACCUAUAGAGCCCAUCAAAAUCUUCGAUGCGACUGAGGUCGAGGCGAGUUUUCGGUAUAUGCAGAAAGGUACGCACCUUGGCAAGGUUGUGGUGUCAAUUCCAGAGAAAGGCAUGGGCCUACCGAAGACACCACAGACACCGCACGUUGAGCUCAGUCCAUCGGCUACCUACAUGCUCGUAGGCGGACUGGGUGGUUUGGGACGCGCUGUUGCAACGUGGAUGGUAGAAAGAGGGGCACGUCACCUUAUGUUCCUUUCGCGUUCUGCUGGUCAAAGUACCAACGACCAAGCUUUUUUCCAGGAGUUGCAAUGUCAAGGCUGCACAGCACAGGCUGUCCAAGGCGACGUAACAGAUAUAGCCGAUGUUGAGCGCGCAAUGGCGUCUGCACUUCCAGGAAAGCCCAUUCGGGGCAUUCUACAAAUGUCCAUGGUACUUCGCGACAAGGCCUUUGCGGAUAUGGAUCUGGAGGACUGGCAAACAACGGUCAAGGCCAAAGUAGAGGGCACGUGGAAUCUUCACCGCGCCGCACCACAAGACCUCGAUUUUUUCUUCGCCACUGGAUCUAUCAGCGGCUCAUUCGGUAUGCCUGGCCAAGCAAAUUAUGCUGCCGGUAACACAUACCUUACUGCGUUCACUCAGCAUCGUCAAGCGCUCGGUCUGCCCGCUUCAGUACUUCAUGUUGGUCUGAUGGAGGACAUUGGUUAUCUCGCUCAAAAUCCGACAAGGGCUGAAGCACUCAGGGCCGCUGGUGGAUUCUUUCUGCGUACCCGCCAAUUGCUGGAAGGAAUCAAUUGGGCUCUGACUCCGAGUGCGGGCAAGCCAGAUCAUUUGAACCAUCAGCUCACCAUUGGCUUGCGAUGUGAGAAGCCAUUGCUGGACCCCGCUAACCGUGUCAUCUGGAAAAAGGACUCUCGCAUGGGCCUGUAUCACAAUCACAACGCGUCAAGUGGCACGGGCGGUGGUGCAGAGGACAACGAUACUGAAGCCCUUCGUCUCUUCAUGGCUUCAGCUGAUGCAGGACCGAGUAUCCUGGAUGAGCAGGCUUCGGUAGAUUUUGUGACGCGCGUCAUCGGCACUCGCGUUUAUACUUUUAUGCUUCACCCGCUCGAGGACAUGGACUUGACUGCAUCGCUGACAUCCUUGGGCGUGGACUCGUUGGUCACCAUAGAGCUGCGUAACUGGAUCAAGCGCAGUUUUGGUGGUUUAGAGUUCAGUACCUUAGAGAUCCUCGACGCUCGUACUAUCGAAGGCUUGGGUAGACUCACAAUAGACGCACUGAAGACACGAUUUGGGGAGGCAGGGGUGAACCAGAAAGGCGAUGCGUAUCUAGAUAUGAAGGCUCCAUAG